UUCUCUGUCGAUUCGUAUACCUCUAUAUGGUACGCAUUACUUAAAAUCUAUUAUCCAACGAAUAGGAAGACAAGUACUCACGAAUCUUUCGAUUAGCCUAUAACGUCAAUUUCAAUACUGAAACUGAAUAAUAAUGGUGGAAGAAACGAAGGUUAAAAUGGAAUUGGACCAUGAUACUCAGGAUAACCUCGAUCGAUCAAUAGUAAAAGAAACUAGCCAUGAGGAGAAACUUCUAAUUGCAAAUGCCAUUGCUCAGCCUAUGGCUCCAAAGAAGUUAGCAAAAAAAAUUUACAAAUGUGUAAAAAGAGCAUCGAAGAAUAAAGGUUGUCUUCGAAAUGGAUUAAAAGAUGUUCAGAAACAUAUUCGAAAAGGAGAAACUGGAAUUGUAGUUUUUGCUGGUGAUGUAAAUCCAAUUGAAAUCAUGUGUCACUUACCAGUUGUUUGUGAAAACAAAAAUAUUCCAUACUGCUACACACCAUCAAGGCAAGAUAUAGGAGCAGCUCUUGGUGUAAAGCGGGGAAGUUUGAUGGUUCUUAUUAAAAAACAUUCAGAUUACAAAGAUUUAUAUGAAGAAAUUAAAAGUGCUAUGGAAGUUCUUUCUUCACCGUUGUAAUCUAAUAUUAACAGUAUGUUAUGCCUUGAUGGUAAUAAGAACAAGAGAAUUAUUAUGCAUCAGGAUUGAGCCAGGUAUGAAGAACUGAUACUUUCAACUGCUGGAGUGAUUUUAGAGGAAUAUAUACGGAUUAUAAGAAUAAUAAAUAUUGAUUAGUUUAUUACAAAAUAGAAUAUUUUCUGAAGAUGUUGAUUAAGC